AUGGCCGCCGUUGAUAUCACCUCAAAUGGGUUGAGUGAAAGCGUAAGACCUGCAGAGCCGCUACUCGCAUCCCACUCGAUCGACGACAAAGACCUCAGUGAGCUGCUAGAGAGCUUGUGCAGCGUCAGUAUCGAGAAGAAAGAAAAGGACGAGAAGAAACGACUGCGGAGUGGAGUCAAGAGUUUGGAUGAUGCACUGAGUGGCGGACUACAUAGUGGGCGGAUUGUACGAAUCAGCGGAGAAGCUGGAGCGGGUGCGAGCCAGAUCUGCUGUACCCUACUCAUAGACUCUCUUCUUCAAUAUGAGAACUCGGCGGCUGCUGUUAUUGAUACAACAGGCAAUUUCGAUGUGGUCCGAUUGUACGCAAUGAUUGUUGCACGACUGUCUCAACGACCAAGGCUCACGGCUUCACUGCACUCUGCAAUCAACCCAGAACCUGGAGCUUCGAUCGAGGAUCUGUCAGCAAGGAUUUUGGACCGCGUUAAGAUCAUGCGGGUUUUUGAUUUUGUUGGUGUGAGAGAGGCUAUCGAGGAGCUUAAGGAUGAUAUUGCAGGGCAGAAUGUUGCGGAACCCACCCUGGCAAAUGAGAAGAUGAAAGAAGCGCUACCAGUCGAAAAGGUGAAGAUGAAGCGGACAUAUGUCGCGGACUCCGAGGACGAGGAAGACGACGAGGAGAUGUUGUUCGAUUCAGAAUCUAUCGUUACUGCAGCAGCACAACCAGCAAAAGACCAAGAAGGAGCGGAGGCACGACUACUCGAGCCAGUGGGAACGCUAGGAAUCACGCACGCGGAAGCAAAGCGAGGCUACAUCAAAUUCAUGCUAGUCGACAGUUUUGCCCAUGUCUUCAACCCAUUGUUGAAAACCGAUUACAUCCGAGCGAAUAACAUGGCAGCCUCUUUAUGCACCACUCUCACAGACUUAACAAGGUCUCAUUCACUCCAUACCCUCCUCAUAAACCCGGCUCAUCCUCCCCGCGCUUCCUCACCGAAACGCUUUGCACCACAGAAUCAACUAGGUCCUCUGCCCCAGCAACAACGUUGGAACCCGCCUCUCCCGCCUUCCAUCUUCGCGAGCAAUGACGCUGUACCUGGUUUGAUGGAUCUCCUAGGAAGGUAUACAGACAUGGAGAUAUUAGUGAGUCGGAUACCAAGACGGUCACUGGAUGCGAGAGUUCACUACAGUGAUACCGAGAGAUCAGGACAGAAGAGAGGCGUUGAGAUGGUGGGUGUGUUGGAGAUAGUGAGCGAUCGGUGGGAAGGGAGGAGUGGAGCGUGGGGUACGUUUCGCGAAGGAAAAGAUGGAAUCCGAGAUGUUUGA